CUGGGGUAGCUGUAAUAUAUUAGGGGGUUAAUUUUAUUUUGGAGGGACUAUUAAGCGUGAGUACUACAGGUUAAUGCUUUUGUCAUCUGAAUAUUUUCAAUCUCUUUGUUAUUGCAGAAUCAUGCUUCUCAUGAACUACUCCGUAACUUACAUUUAGAGAGUUGCUUAUUCAACCUUAUAUUUUGGUCACGUGGAAUUGUUUUCCUUCCCGUACUAUAAGACCACAUUACUCAGUACCAUGCUGUGUUUGUGUUAUAGAAGGCAGUGACAUAUUGUAUGACCUUCAUUAUAUUAAACAUGUAUUAAAAUAUUUCAGUUAAAUAUGAGGAGUUUGCUAAAACCAAUACAACGGUUAUUCUCCUGUGGAGCUACCGUGUUGUCUUCUUUGUACAGGCAGAGAUGCGUACGCAAAUGGAUGAAUACAUCUUUUUCCAGCUUAUCAUUAAAUGAUUCUAGUUUCAUCUUAAGUACUAGAAUGUGUAAACCAGCAGUUUUUCUACCAGUUGCAGUCAAUCACAUAUUGUUUCCUACAACAUAUGGACCGGUUUCUGGCUCUAGUAACAACUUGCAGGUAGAUGAAGUCAAGGAGCAGGCACUGGAAUCCGUAGAUGAAAAUGCAGGUACCAUUCCGCGUCAUAUUUUCAACAUUGACCUUGUGGUUGCCCUGUUGCGCCAAGAAAAUGCUAAAGAUAUCUGUGUUAUUAAAUUGCCACCUGAAAUGACGUAUACAGAUUAUUUUGUGAUAGCGAGUGGCACAUCAACAAGACACCUACAAGCUAUGGCACACUACACAUUAAAAAUGUAUAAAUACAUGAAGAAUCCAGAAGAACGUCAUGUGCAGAUAGAAGGAAAGGACUCUGAUGAUUGGAUGUGCAUAGAUUUUGGAAACAUUGUAGUGCAUUUCAUGCUUCCAGAAACAAGAGAGGUUUACGAAUUGGAGAAGUUAUGGACUCUACACUCAUAUGAUGAUCAGCUGGCAAAGAUAACUCCUGAAACCUUGCCCACAGAUUUUAUGUAUGAACUCCAAACAGCGCAGAAAGAAUAAGGCACCAUGAAUGUUAUUGCAUAUGCUUUUUUACUGUACAAACAAAUAAAAAGAACGCACGGAA